UCAAUAAUUUCCUUCCUAAUUCCUAUUGAAUCACGACACCACAAGAGGUGAGAAACCACCGUGACCAUGGCAAAACAGGCGGAGUCCCCGCUGACCGGCGAGUUGACUCCGGCGAACUCCACCAUCUGCGGGCAAUGCAAAUCAGAGUCAAGCCCCUUCCUCCACUACAUAAAGCACCGCGGCCUCUUCCGCCGCCUCUGCACCACCUGUGUUCUCCGCUUCAACUCCCAGUCCUUCUGCCCCUCUUGCUUCUCUCUCUACAACCCCACCACCCCUCUCCAAGAUUCCACCACCCCUUGUUCUAAAUGCUACUCCAUCUCUCAUUCUUCGUGUAUAGAAGGGUUGUCAAGCGGGUCCCAGGUAAAUAACAACCCUAACAAACUCAAUAACAAACCUAACAACCCUUCUAUACCUUAUGUGUGCCCGCUUUGUAAUUCUCCGCCGGUCUUUCGGGUUACGAAGAAUGAGGUGAUUGAUAAGAAGUCUGCGGCUGCGUUGCUGGCAGCUUCCAGGAUUUCGUAUGAUUCAAUGUGUAAGGCGAAGGCUGUGGCGAGAGCGGAGGUGGAUAAGAGGGGGAAGGAGGCUUGGUCUACGAAGAAAAGGGCGAGGGAUGCUAUCGAGCAUGUGGCGAGUAUUCAGGAGAGGUUGAAGGUGGAGUCGAGGGGGGUGGGGUUUGGGGGGAAUUUGAGUAGGAUUGUGGGGAAUGUUGGGGAGAGGAAUUUGUUUGGGGAUGGGGUUAGGGUGGAUAGAGUUGAUAGUUCCAGUGCGGUUUUAGCUUCGUUGAAUGCGGUUGAGUUGAAUGAUAAGGAGCAGGAACAAAAAAGUGGCAAGGGGAAUGUGUUGAUGGGCGGUGGUUUGAUGCCUGCUGGGGAGAAUGGUGGAGUUAGUGGAAUUGAUGAGAAACCUAGUGCGGUCAUGGGUCCUUAUGUGCAAAAUAAUCAUCCUAGAGAUGGGAAUGGUGGGUCGUAUCAGUGAUUUUUGUGUGCUGAAUGCUAUGGAUUAGGUGGCUUUGUUCUUGAAAGUCUAGUUUGCUGGUCAAUGGGUUUUCAUGAUCAAUGGAAGCAAAGUAGUUGAUGCUUUCCGUGGGUUGGUCUUUGCCGACGUAGUUGGUUAGAGUUUCUCAGUUGAUCUAGUAGAAUGUCAAGUUAUUAAACUACGUUUCUAAUGUUUUUCUUUGUUUAUGUUUUUAAUGUUUUCAUGUCAACUUCCAAAUUUAUUAUGAUGUAUAGAUUCGGUGAAUAGUUUGUUUUACUUUGUGCAGCAGUUGAACCAUGGUUUGAAAUCCUGAAAAAUUAAAUAUCAUUGGAACUAUCACUGAUGUCUUUUGAUUUUUAUUUAA